AUGUCCUGCGUCGUCUGCGGGACGACGGGCGCGGGCAAGUCGACGCUCCUCAACGCGCUGCUCGGCGAGUCGGAGGUGCUGCCGACGAACGGCAUGCGCGCGUGCACGGCCGUGCUCAUCGAGCUCCGCUACCUCGACGACGCCGCGAGCCCGGGCGACGGGUCGACCUACGUCGGCGAGGCCGAGUUCCUCACGCGCGCGGAGUGGGACAAGGAGGAGGAGGCGCUCUUCGAGGAGCUCACGACGCAGGACGGCCGCGCGAUCCUCAACGUGAGCGACCCCAACGCGCACAACCACGGCGCCUUCUGCAAGCUCUACAGCGUCUACGGCGAGGCCUACACGCACGAGUCGACCUACGAGAUCGUCGACCCGGCCACGAACAAGAAGCGGCGCGUCGCGAUGACCGUGCCCGAGCUCCGCGCGAAGCUCCGGCGCCACACGCGGGUCACGCGCUUCCUCGGGACCACCCAGAAGGUCAGGGCGACGCACCCGCGCGGCUUCCGCCGGUCCCUCGAGCGCUUCAUGGACAGCUCGAACCUCCUCAGCGACGGCGCGUGCUGGCCCAUCGUCAAGAAGGUCCGCGCCUACGGCCGGUGGCCCGUGCUCAAGUCCGGCGCGGUGCUCGUCGACGCGCCGGGCACGCACGACAGCGACUCCGCGCGCGGCGCCGUCGUCAAGCUCGCGCUCAAGGAGGCCGACUCCGUCUGGAUCGUCUCGAACAUCAACCGCGCGGUCAACGACCGGUCCGCCAAGGACCUGCUCGGCGAGUCCUUCAAGCGGACGCUGCUCAUGGACGGCGCCUACGGCCGCCUCAUCUUCGUCGCGACGCAGUCGGACGUGCUCCAGCGGUCCGAGGUCGUCCGCGCGCUCAAGCUCGACGCCGCCGCGUCGCUCUACGACUGCGCCGUCGCGCGCAACGCGUACACGCGCGACCGCGUCAAGGCCGACUUCUACGCGGGCCUCCAGGACAUGGACCGCGCCGCCGGCGACGCGCCCCGGAGCGCCGCGGAGCUCGAGGCCCAGUUCACGAUGCCCGUCUACUGCGUGUCCAGCGUCGACUACCAGAAGCUCAAGGGCGUCCGCGGCGACGACGGCCCGCCCCAGGUCUACGACGCGGCGUCGCUCGCGGCGACGGAGAUCCCGGCGCUCGUCGACUUCGUCCACGCGGCGUCGCUGUCGCUCCGCGCGCGCAAGGUCGCGCUCCAGACGCGGUCCCUGCUCGCGUUCGCCGAGAGCCUCGAGUCGGUCGUCGCGGCGAAGCCCGGCACGGGCGAGGAGCGGGCCGAGCGCGCGGCCUGCGAGCGCGCCUACGCGCGCGGCGUCGCCGGCCUGCCCGCGGCGCUCGACGCCGCGCUCGGGGGCUUCGACAAAUCCGUCUUCGCGUCCCUCGAGGCCGACGUGCUGCCGCGGCUCGACGCGGGCGCGGCCGACGCGGCGAAGACGUGCGUCGCGACGGCGAGCAAGUGGGGCGGCUCCCGCGCCGAGGGCGGCCUCCACUGGGCGACGUACAAGGCGACGCUCCGCCGCGGCGGCAACUGGCGCCAGAACUUCAACGAGGAGCUCGCGGAGCCCGUCUACCGCGCGGUCGCGACGCACUGGGAGAAGGCCAUGGUCGACAAGGCCCGGCGGGGCCUCGACGCGCUCGACGGCGCCGUGGCGAAGGCGCUCGCGGCCGCCCACGACGACCUCGCGGCGCGCCUCGGCGACGCGGCCGCGGAGCCCGCGCUCGCCAAGCUCGACGCCGCGCGCGUCGCCGCCGCGCGCCGGGCCCACGAGGCGUCGUCGUCCGCCGUCGCGUCGUCGGCCCUCGCGGCGACGAAGGACCACAUCCAGAAGCAGCAGAAGGACCUGAGCCGCGAGAUCACGCCCCUCGUCCAGGCGGCGAUGCAGCCGGGCUACGACCGGGGCUUCGUCGAGAAGGGCACGGGCUCGCACCGGCGCCGCUGCGCGGUCGUCGAGUCCCACGUCACCAAGGAGGCGCGGUCCAUGUUCAAGGGGGCCAUCGCGCCCGUCGUCGCGGGCCUCGCGAAGCUCCGCGCGGACGUCGGCAAGAUCCUCAAGGACACGUGCGCGCGCAAGCUCCUCGACGACCUCCGGCUCAACUACUCGGUGCUCUGGGAGCCCGUGUCGCCGGAGAUGCUCCGCGUCCGCGGCGCCAUGGCGCACCCGCUCAACGUCGCGACGUGCGAGGUCCGCUCCGCGCUCCGGCGGCUCCUCGACUCGCAGGGCGCGGCGCCGGAGGCGCGCGCGGGCGACGACGACGACGACGGCGACAUCGUCGACAUCACGAGCAAGGUCGCGGCCGAGAGGACCGUCGAGGUCAUCGACGUCGACGACCUCGACGUGCCCGACGCGCCGCCGGCGCCGCCGGCCGCCGCGUCCGCGCGGGGCGGCGUCAAGGCCGAGCGCGCCUGA